UGAAACUAUAUUCUACACAAGACUGUAUGAAGUUGGAUGGGGAAUUUUUUUCUCUCCAAGGAAUAAAUACAUCAUGGAAAUUCGGACAAGCAAACUCCUCUAAUAUUGGAAUCUUGAUGGAAGCCAGUCAUGCCAAGUCUUUCAUCAGGAACCUUUGGGAAAAUGUAGAUUCUGGUCAUGACCAUGUAAAGUAAAACCAGCCUUUGUAAAAUGACUUGGUUGUUGUAUGUAUAUAUAAGCUCUUCUUCCCACCGGCAGAGAGCGCAGGCUGUUCAACAAGGCGCAUGCGCACACGCUCGUUCACACCUGGGCUGCUCCUCCUCCGCCAAGCGCGCGCCAUCCAAUGAGCGGGGACCUCCUCCGCUCCGGCUCCCAGCGCCUCAGCCGCAGCAUCAUUCCCUUUCCCCAGCCUGGAUCCCACUCUGCAGGCUCAAUCCGGGAGGCAGCUCACCAUGGCUGACCUGGGAGAGGGAGAGGAUGAGAUCCAGUUCCUGCGAACAGAUGAUGAAGUGGUUCUACAAUGCUCAGCUACAAUUCAAAAAGAGCAGCAGAAGCUCUGCCUGGCAGCUGAAGGCUUCGGAAACAGACUCUGCUUCCUAGAGUCCAUCUCCAACUCCAAGAAUGUUCCUCCAGAUCUUUCCAUCUGUACCUUUGUGCUGGAGCAGUCCCUUUCUGUCCGAGCCCUUCAGGAGAUGCUGGCCAGCAGAGAGGAGAAGGCUGAAGGGGCGGCCCAGGGUGGUGGACAUCGCACUCUGCUUUAUGGACACGCAGUUUUACUACGACACUCCUACAGCGGAAUGGUUAGUGAAAACACAGCAAAGCAACAAGAACUGCCUCAACUAGGAGAAGCAGACUCAGUCAUCAGAAAGCUUAAUAAAGGCUGUGUCAUCAUUCUAGGACCAGCCUUGCUGAUUGUUUUGAGAGUGCAGUCUAAAAGCCACUGCUCCUAA